AUGGCUUACGCUAUGCGUGCUGUGAACGUUAUUUCCUCGGAUUCUGCAAGGACAGAUAACGCCGGACAGACGAUGGUAGCUGUGGGAGGAAUGCAAAAUAUGGCAUGGGCUUCGGAUACUUCCAAGUUUGGCUUUAAAAUGCUUGUCAAAAUGGGGUGGUCCGCUGGCAAAGGCGUCGGAAAACACCUGCAAGGUCAGGCCACACACGUCAAGGUUGCACGUCGCUCCGAGAAUUUGGGUGUGGGAUGCAGUCUCAAGCAGGCGGAGGUGCAAGGUUGGGCUGAGACGGCGGGAGGUUUCGCGGAUGUGCUCAAUGCGCUCAACAAUUCGUAUAGUUGUAAGACCUGUCCUGAAGUUGACCGUCUAGAUGAGAGUGAUAGCAGCGAUACUUGCUUUGGCAAGAAACGACAAAAAUCUGAGAAGAAGAAGGCAAAGAAGGCGAAGAAAGUGAAGAGCGAGGAUGAGAGCAAGACGAGCAAAAAGAGCAAAAAGAGCAAAAAGAGAAAAAAAGUGGGCAUUGAAAAGACUACAAUCUCACGACGGCUACAUUAUCGUAGGAGGCAAACCAACAAAGAUGCUAAGAGCUAUAGCGCAGAAGAAAUGGCUGCAAUCCUGGGCGUCGCUUCAUCGGCGUACAAGCCGGCCGUUGGGUAG